GCAACUUUGGUCGGCCAGCUGUUCGUCGUGGUCGUGCAACAACAAAUUGAGCAGUGACUUUUCGUAUUCGAAUAACGUAGAAAGCGUGUAUAAGUCGUAGUCUCUGCUCGGAACAUUUUAAAACCAGUCCAAAACUAUAGGAAAAACAAGAAAAGUGAUCGUGCUUACACCAGAACAGUUGAACGUGCAACAAAAGUGAUUGCGAAAUACACUGCAAGAGGAGGCCAGACGUCAUAAUCGCAUCACUGGGAAGCGCGACAGACGUCGACAUUUUAUGGCGGAAGCAGCAGUGUCAAUCUGCGAUUGAAGGACAGCUCUAAAGGAACACCCAGGAUCCCCGCCAGCGACGGCAGACAGCAACAUGUUUUGACCUCCCACUCGGUACAGCUGGAGCGUCCGCUGCUCUUCUCUGUUCCCCUUGGUCACCUAGUCAUCCGUUCUCACCACAUCGCCCCAUCAGCCCUCCAUAAUAAGCACGGCCAACCAUGUCCUUCUCCGACUUCGACGCCAUCUACGAGGAUGAGCAGCUGGACGAGCUGGAGCACUUCCAGGACCAAACGGUGGCGCCGGUCCAGGAGCCCAUCAUCAUACGCGGCGCGGGCAACAUGACGGUAUUUGGGCUAAGCAACCGCUUCAACGCGGAGUUUCCCUGCGGUCUGCUGUCGCGCGUGGCUCCCGAGGAGUUCAAGGCGACGGUGGGCCGGAUCAACGGAGUGCUGAAGAAAUCCCUGCCCGUCAACGUCAAAUGGCUCUUCUGCGGCUGCGUCUGCUGUUGCUGCACGCUCGGUUGUUCCCUCUGGCCCGUCAUCUGUCUCAGCAAACGCACACAACUCACACUGGACAAGCUGUUCGAAUGGGAGAACAAUCAUCUAUAUCAUAAGCUGGGCCUGCACUGGCGACUGCAUAAGCAACAAUGUGAUUCCAAUUCCAUGAUGGAGUAUGUUAUUUUAAUUGAAUUUAUACCCAAAACGCCCAUCUACCGGCCCGACUAAGUGCCGUCGUGGAGGAGGAGGGGCGUGGUAUCACAGGGUCGCGGGGUUGUCGUAAUGGUAAUUGUAAAAUAAACACUAGCUGCUAACACUUUGCUUUAGGCGUUUACGGAUCGUGCUAAUCAGCAGAGAGUAUAGGUACACUAAUCCAUAGGACAGGACAGGCGCAGGCACAGCACACACAAUGGGCAUUAACUAAUUUAGUGCACUCGCAGAUUGUCAUUUUAAGCUAGCUACUAUUUCAUGUUCGGUUUAUAACAAAAUUUUGCAAGAACUCUAGGCGGUAAGUUUGAUUUCUCGUAACUUUAGGGCGCUCUACUUUUUCUGUUUUUCGUUUAGUUGUAAAUUCUUAUUUGUUUCCCAAACUAAUGCAAUACUAUUUAAUAAAUUUCGUGUUAGGAAAUUUACAGUGAUUUCGAAAAUGUGUUUUUCUAACUGCAUUCAUAGUAAAUGAAUAUUUUUCAACUAAGAAUUCAAAGCCCACUUUCGAUACCCGAACAAAUUCACACAUAUUCUGUUCAUGUAAUGUACAAGGUACAUAUAUAUUUUGAUAUAUAUCAUAUGGUUACCUAAGUAUUUUGUGGUUUCAAUAACUUUACAGCACUUUGGGGCAUAGACGGUUGAUGAACAAUAAAUACAUUUUAAUUUACUUUAGGUUUCAUUUAUGUAUUAAUGCUUAAAUAU